GGGGCCGCCGCCGCCGCCCUGAGCCCCGGGGAGCCGCCCGAGGUUCAGGCUUCGCUGCCUCCCGCAACGUGCCAGGAUGCUGCUGGGCCCAGGGAUGCACGACUGCGCCGGACGCCUGCUCCCUCAAAAGCCAAAAAGCAGGAGUUCAGGAUGGUUCCCCCACCACCUGUCAGCAAGCCCCAUGUGUGCCUCUCCACAGUGCUCAUCAUGACCAGCCUCGUCCUCAUGGAUGCCUACCUGGUGGAGCAGAGCCAGGGCUCCAGGAAGCUGGGCAUCUGUGUCAUGGUGGCAGUGGGUGACAUUUGCUUCCUGCUGGUGCUCCGCUACGUGGCUAUCUGGGUUGGGGCAGAGGUAAAGACAGCCAAGCGAGGAUACGCCAUGAUCCUCUGGUUCCUCUACGUCUUCGUUCUGGAGAUCAAAGUCUACUUUGUAUACCAGAAUUACAAAGCUGACCGGAAAAGUUUGGAUCUCAUCGCCCGCAAAGCGCUGACCUUGCUGCUCUCCAUCUGCAUCCCAGCUCUCUACGUGCUCCUGGUGGCCACCGAGCACAUGGAGUACGUCAGAACGUUCAAGAAGAAGGAGGAUCUCCGCAACCGCCUCUUCUGGGUCAUUGUGGACAUGCUGGACGUGCUGGACAUCCAGGCCAACCUGUGGGAGCCCCAGAAGAAAGGGCUGCCCCUCUGGGCUGAGGGCAUCAUGUUCUUCUACUGCUACAUCCUGCUCCUGGUCCUGCCCUGCGUGUCCCUGUGCGAGAUCAGCAUGCAGGGCAUCGGCAUCGUGCCGCACCGCAUGAUGCUCUACCCCAUGCUCAGCAUGCUCACCGUCAACAUCGCCACCAUCUUCAUCCGAGGCAGCAACAUGGUCUUCUUCAGGGAUGCCCGGGUCUCCAGCAUCUUCAUGGGCAAGAACAUGCUGGCCAUUGGCAUGAAGGUCUGCAUGUUCGUGCAGUACCAGCGGCACCAGCACCACGCGCCCCCGGGGCCGGACCCGCAGCACAGCACCCCGGCCCAGCCGCCCUCGGGGCUGCGCAAGGCCCGGGACCAGCCUGCCUGCCCCGAGGAGCUGGCCCAGGACAACACGUGACGGGGCGGCAGGAGCUACAGCCUGGCCAUCCCCACGCCUGGCCGGAGCCACAGACCCGGGGCAGGCUGUGGAGCUCCCUGCCUGGACAGAGGGGAACCACCCUGCUCCCUCCUUCCCUGGGUGAAACCGCUCAGGGCCCGAGGGGCGCGUGGUGAGGGCCCCCACAGCAGCCUCUGCAAGGCUGCAGGGCAGUUUGGAAGCUCAGCACCCUCUGCAAGGCUGCAGGGCAGUUUGGAAGCUCAGCACCCUCUGCAAGGCUGCAGGGCAGUUUGGAAGCUCAGCACCCUCUGCAAGGCUGCAGGGCAGUUUGGAACCCCAGCACCCUCUGCAAGGCUGCAGGGCAGUUUGGAACCCCAGCACCCUCUGCAAGGCUGCAGGGCAGUUUGGAACCCCAGCACCCUGUGCAAGGCUGCAGGGCAGUUUGGAACCCCAGCACCCUGUGCAAGGCUGCAGGGCAGUUUGGAAGCUCAGCAGCCUCUGCAAGGCUGCAGGGCAGUUUGGAACCCCAGCACCCUGUGCAAGGCUGCAGGGCAGUUUGGAACCCCAGCACCCUGUGCAAGGCUGCAGGGCAGUUUGGAAGCUCAGCAGCCUCUGCAAGGUUGCAGGGCAGUUUGGAAGCUCAGCAGCCUCUGCAAGGUUGCAGAGCAGUUUGGAAGCUCAGCAGCCUCUGCAAGGCUGCAGGGCAGUUUGGAAGCUCAGCAGCCCACCUGGUAAAACAGCAGAGCAGGGGACGAGGCCAGGGCUGCCUGCCAUGAGGUGUGUCUGGGUGAGGCCAGGCAGCCCCACCCUGUGCCAGGCUCCCUGUCAGUGCUCCCUGUGCAGCACUGCUCUCUGGGCAGCCAGGCUGCUGCACGGGGACACAGUGGGUCACCCACUUUUCUGUUGUGGUUGGCCCUGGCUCCAGUGUGGUCCUUGGCAGCAGCCUGCUCCCCACUCUAAGCUGAGGUCCCCAUGCAGGGGGAGCAAGGCCUGGGCCUCCCUCUGUUGUCACCCCUCUCAGCCAGCUGCAGGCUUGGGGGGACCCAAAAAGGGGUGACUGUCCUUUUUUUGUAUCUCCCUCUUUGCAAUAAAAGACUUGAGCCCUG